UAGAAAAACAAGAAGGUCAAGAGAAAAGAUGAUCUCAGUGGUGAUAAUAACUGAGUUACUAGUGGAGUACACGACGGCUCUCGCUAAACUCACCGCCGGGAUUCUUCCACGGCGUACCGGCGACAGAAACGCCUUACGGAUCGGCGCUUUCCUCCUUCCCUCACCUUCUUCAGCUGUCUCUAGGAUUCCUGAUUUCUCUGCUCAUCUCGUCGAUUUCUGAUUUCUCUUACCACUUAUUUUUUGGGAUUUUUCAGUUCUUGACAUUAGAUUUUACUCCUCUAUCUUUUCUAUGAGAGGCGGCUGAGAUUUUUACCGAGUGUCUCGUCAUUUCCUCUCUCUUUUUAUGUUUAUCUUGGUUAUGAAUCUGAUAGAGCUUUUGUAAGUAGAUCCAUAUCUAAUUAAUACUGAAAGUAAGAUUU